AUGAAGACUGACGCAAAUCAACGAGACAGGCGCAAGUAUUGCUACUUUCAUUGCGACCAUGGACAUAACACUGGUGACUGUAUCAACUUCAAAGAUGACAUCGAGACCCUCAUCCGUACAGGUCAUCUGCGACAGUACAUAAAGGAAGAGAAGCAAUCUCGGAAGGAGGAAUCAUCGACUCAUGCAGCAGAUGAUAUCGUUGAAAUCUGGACAAUAUUCAGAGGACCAUCCGGAGGUGGGGACUCUAAUCAAUCCCGAAAGGCCUACGCUUGCAGCACCGACCCUAAACACUAUGUGUACCUCAUAGAUCGACCAAGCAAGGAACCCCGUUUGAGUCCGUGCACCCCGACUUUCACUGAGGACAAUGCAAGGAGGAUUCAGCACCCCCAUGAUGAUGUGCUAAUAGUCGCGAUGACUAUAACUAAUCGCAAGGUGUAUCGGAUCCUGAUCGACACCGGGAGCUCGGCCGACAUAUUAUACUCGGAAGCGUUUUAA